UCCCGCAGCAGCAGCAGCACCACUCGCAGUCAGGCAGCGGGACUCCAGGCUCUCACUUCCCCAGCUGCUGACGUCAGCUGGCAGCCUGGGCUGUGCUCGCCGCUCCGCUCACAGCGCCGAGGAAAAAUGCUGCUCUCCGUUCCGCCAAGGGCAGGAAUCAACCCAUACAGCGGCUACAACAGCAGAACCAGCAAAAAGCAGGCCUAUGUGUCCUCUGGCCACCAGAUGGCGCCCCCCAGUCCCAACACCAACAGUAGCAGCAACAGCAGCAGUGGGGGAGGGGAACAGCUGAGUAAAACAAACCUGUAUAUCCGCGGCCUCCACCCGGGGACCACGGACCAAGACCUGGUCAAACUCUGCCAGCCGUAUGGCAAGAUUGUGUCAACCAAGGCCAUCUUGGAUAAAACCACCAACAAAUGUAAAGGUUAUGGCUUUGUAGACUUUGACAGUCCAGCAGCAGCGCAGAAAGCUGUUACAGCUCUGAAGUCCAGUGGGGUCCAGGCUCAGAUGGCCAAACAACAGGAGCAGGACCCCACCAACCUUUACAUCUCCAACCUGCCUGUGUCUAUGGAUGAGCAAGAGCUGGAGAGUAUGCUCAAGUCCUUCGGCCAGGUCAUUUCCACACGUAUCCUGAGAGACGCCAACGGGACCAGUCGCGGCGUUGGAUUUGCCAGGAUGGAAUCUACGGAGAAGUGUGAGGCCAUAAUUCAGCAUUUCAAUGGGAAGUUCAUCAAGACUCCACCAGGAGUGCCUGUGCCCACCGAGCCCUUAUUAUGUAAGUUUGCAGACGGAGGUCAGAAGAAGAGGCAGAACCAAGGGAAGUACCUCCAGAACGGACGACCCUGGGCUAGAGACGGAGACACGGGAGGAAUGGCGCUUGCGUAUGACCCUACAGCCUUACAAAAUGGAUUCUACUCCUCACCCUACAGUCUGGCUCCAAACCGAAUGAUCGCCCAGACUUCCCUCUCACCCUACAUGCAUUCUCCUGUUUCAUCCUACCAGGUGCACAGCCCAUCCUGGAUGCACCAUCAGUCAUACCUCAUGCAGCCAGCUGGUACAGUUCUUACCCCAACAAUGGAUCACGCUAUGUCCAUUCAACCCACGUCCAUGAUGGGACCUCUCGCCCAGCAGCUAAGCCACCUGUCCCUGGGCAACACUGGCACAUAUAUUCCGACCAACACAACUAUGCAGGGGACCUACAUCCCCCAGUACACCCCAGUGCCUCCCUCCAGUGUCCCAGUAGAGGAGAAUGGUGGUCAACAGCAACAGGUUGCCAUGGAGACUCCCGGGGAACACACAAACUACUCAUACCAACACACCAAGUGAAGCUAAGCAGGGUGGGGUCGAGGGCACAACAUGAAUCCAACCAAAUAGGAUUCAGCUGGAAGAGAUCUGUGCUCCAUACCAUCACCAAGAACCUGGACUUGAACAUGGAUAACAAAAGGAACAUGUGUGCGUGUAUGUGUGUGUGUUUGCUAUGAGUGUGUGUGUGUCACACACUGUCUGUGUGUGCUAUGGGUGUGUGGUGUUUGUGUGUGUGUGUCUGUAUUUUUUUUUUUUUUUUUUAGAAAAAACACAACACUUACUUCAUUGGACUUUUCUGCUCACGUCCUCAAGAGUUGAUCAACCAAAGGUGGGAAUCUUCUUCAGAGAAGCUUAGAUCUAUUUUGAUAACUGACAAAGGAACAUAACAAGAAGUUUAAAGAAAAAAAACACCCAAAAAAAACUUAAGAGAGGAGGAAAAGACACAGAGCAUUAUUUUUGUGCACGUAAUAUAACAAAUUCUUAUUUUUUAAAAAAGCAUUCUGUAUGUUUCAGAGUGAUUCAAGGAAGAGUUGAAACACAAUGUGUCUUUUAUUUUUUUGUAAAAUAUGCAAACUUUUAUUUUUGUUUCCUGAUGUCUGUUGUUUGACAUUCUAUUUGCAGCAGCGUGAGGGAGGGACAGGGCGAUUUGUACAGAUGUAAACUCUUACAAACACUUUGUGCUGGUCUGGUGUGUCGAGUCAUCGUCAAACCGCGGGAGGCAAACCGUUUAAAGCUACUUCUUCCUGUAACUGCUGCAGAGAUUUCUAUUCACGCACAGAUGAUAAUGAACAUUAACUGUUUAUAGUUUAUUCGAAUUAAUUCCUGAAAAAAAAUUCAACCAUUCUUUCAUAAGUGAACAAAAGACAAUCAAUCAAUUCUAUUUAUAUUUGAACUAUAGUUCUAUUUUUUAGGGUUUUUAGAUCAUGGAAAGACAUUUAUAGAAAUGAAGUUAUUUAAUACUGCAGUCGCUUAAGACGAAAUGACAGACUUUACUGGUGAGCUCUAAUAUUUGGCUCAUAAAAAUUAUACUAAUGUCUGAUGGUUGGAUGAAUUUAUUUCAAUUUAAACUUCUUGCACCAUCAACAUUCUCCAUCAAAAGACACCUGUUCAUUCUAAUAGUCGUCCUGCUUUAUUUUAAUGUAGCUCCAUAUUACAGCCGAGCCCGUGGGAAGUGGUUUUAAGCGGUUUUGUUGCGGCGAACCUUCAGGUAUCAUCCCAUUCAUCCUGUGUGGAAGGGAUGAAGUGAACAUGCUUUAGACCCGAGUAGUUAAAGGGGAAUUAUGGUAUUUUUCAACUGGGUCCUACAUUUAUAAACAUGGGUGUGUGAAUAAUUGAACUGUCCGGCAGAGGCUACAAUGUGAUUCUAUGGGGCAACUGCGACAGUCCAUGAAAUAGCCACUAUAAGUGUUUUUUUUCACCUAUAAAAGACUCAAAAUGUUUUUCUGGGUCUUUGCUAAGAGUCUGGCAACAUCAACCUCUCCCUCAAGAUUCCACUGUAGCCACUGUCCCUGUGUCAUGGCAGGUUUUUGCAUGUAUCAUUCAUUAUCACACAAACUUUUAAAAACUUAGGGCCCUGGUUGAAAAAUACUGGAAUCCUCUUGAAGAUUUCUGAAACAUUAUGUGUUCAAAGAACAAUGCAGUUACUAAAUUCAAAUUUCAAUCAAAUAGCAGACUAACAAGAUCCCUGAGAAUAAUUUGUCUGAAAGAUAAGGGAGUUGCAAGUCUUUUUUUUCCAAUGCUGCUGUCGUCACCUGAGUUUGAUUCUCUGUCAGUGAUUUAUUUUUAGUUUGUAGAAAGUUAAAUGUUUCCUGUUUUUAUUUUCUCGUCUGUCACUUGAAAACCUUUGUGCUAAUUUGCCUUAAUUUUUUGAUGACUUUAUCUUUGAAGUAUAUACAAUUUUAGCUAUAGAUUUUAGUUUCCCCUAGAGAGUAGAUGUUAGCUUGUCUCAGCGUAGAGGACGAUGCUGUUUUCUUGUGCACAUCAGGUUUUUAUUUUACGCUUGAGUUUUCCGUUUCCAUCCUCGUGUCGUCUGUCCUGAUACUGUCAGGCCUGUUUGUAAAGAGCUGAACCAAACUAUGACUUUAUGUAGCGCUGAUCCUCAAGACUCAUACCAAUGCUACAUCAACAAGCCCAGGUAUGUUUCGAUCUGCAUUUUGAGUGAAGCUCAUGUCACCACAUUCAGUACAUCCAAAUAUGUUGAACUUUAAUUUAUACAGACAUCAAAACUGUAGAUAUGUAGAUAAUAGAAAUAAUGGUUUUUACCAAGGACUGCUCACUAGACCAUGGAAGUGCCAUUAAAGAUGAUUCUUACAGCCUUUAGUGAGAUGGCGAGUAUAAAUGAAUUUGUGAGUGAUCCAAAAUUCUGCAAAAACUGUUUUUAGCUAAGCCUUAAUGUUGUUUCUCUGGAUCAACUGCCUGAUCUUUCAUAGGAUUGACACUAAGUUGUAUAUACUAAAUGGCAACAGGCCUGUUUGAAUGCCACCAAGUCAUGUCAGUCGAGUUGGCAGUAGGAUUUCAAGCUUUUUGAUUCCCGCUCUUCAACCGUUCAUAUGUGAAUCCGCUGAAGAGACACAGUGUGAUAGCGUCUUUCUCGAGGCACACAGUUUGAUGAUUCUGUAUCUGUCUUUGUAUUGUUUUUUCACACCUCAUCUUUUUGCUGUGUGUUUCUCUGUUGUUCACCUCUGCAACCAAAGAUGUUGUAGCCACACUUCUUUUAGCUCCCUUCUUUUAGCCACAGAUGAACCGCUCUCAUCCGCAGGCGACCAGUCUGUCGUCUGCCGCUGGAUAAAAUGCAUUUUUUCACUUCUGAUGGAUUCAGAAAGAGAAAGAUUGCAGAAAGAGUGUUUACAUGCACUCAAUAUGACAUGUGAUUUUUUAUUUCUGUUUUGUUUUCAUCAUGUGAGUCUGUGUGGGUCUGUCAUCGUGAUGGUCCUGGAGACAUCCACUGUAGGGGCCAGCUGUGGCUCAGGAGGGAAAGCGGGUCGUCCACUAACCAUCUGGUUGGUGGUUCGAUCCCUGGCUCCUCCAGUGUAUGACACUAGAAAAGCACUACAUAAAUCCAGUCCUUUCCAAAUACUGUAGCAGGAACUGCCAUCUAAGAAAACAUCUCCAUUCAUUUGACAACACGUGCAGCAAAGACUCACAACACAACAAAAUAGAGACACAAGCUAAAGGAGCUGGAGGAAAAUGGAAGUGAAAUGAAAUGAAAUGAAUCUGGCUGGGAUGUAUUUGUUGUUCAAGUACGUCCUCAUCAGUGGUGUUGGAAAAUUAAUGUAUUUAGCAAAAGACUACGUUAGAAGCAUAUAUCUGCAAUAAUAUCUGAAGCCUUUGGUGUAAUGUGAAAAUACACCAGAAAUAACCAGUUUUCAAGAAGUCGUUUUGAUGCAUGUUUGAAAAAGAUGUUUUGCUUUAUUUUAUUUCAGUCACCGUAGUUAGUAUUUGGUAGUUGUUUAAACGUCUGUCUCACUAUGGACAGAUUUUGAUUUCGAUCUCAAUUUGAAACCUGGGAGGUUGUGAGAAAAUGUGUCCACAGACAGAAGAACAAACGUAUUUACACCACGUAAAACAACCUCCGUGGUAGUUCCAGCUACAGUAGGUGUUGACACACAAGUGCACACACACACACACACACAUGGUGAAAACAAUGCCAGCCAUCUUGUGGCGGCUGUUGAUCAUUUAGUAGAAAUUAGUGAGCGUUCAUGGCGUGGAACACCGCUCAGCUGCUGUGAUGGUCUCUAGUUCACAUUAUGACGGCGUAUCAAAAUCUUUCAUCUGGUGUUCAAAAUGAACGACUCAAUAAAUGAUCUGGUUUUGUUUACAUGGAUUAAUAGAAUCAUGAGUUGCCCUCAGCACAUGUUAAUGUUGCAGUGCAUGUAAACAGACUCACUAUGAACUUCUACAGAGCGCAGCUUUUAUAAGAGAUUUCUGACACGAGAGCUCAUUUUGUAUAUAGUCUGUUUUUUCUCUUGACACCAUUCUGUUUGAUUCUUUUUGUGUGUUUUCUUGAUUUUUUUUUUAUCAUUUAAAAACCUGUCCAGAUAACACAGUGACGAGCAAGAUUUCAGAUUCAGUGCACCAUGAAGGAAAAUGUCAUGGAUAUUGUUUAUAUGUUCAGAGAAAUUAUAUUCCAUGUAUUAGCCAUCACUUUUAAUACAAAAACAGGAUUUUGGAACUAUGAAAUGACCACUUGUUACAAUACAGUGUUUAUUUAUUUUAUUUUAUUUUAUUUUUUUACAAACUUCUAAACAAAAGGAAACCACGAUGCUCCAAAAAGAGUUAGCAUCAUGAAAAUGAACCUUAAGUUACAUGUAGAUUGUAGUGAUACUAUGAUCUGUGGUGUACUGUAUAGACAGUACGAGAUAUUUGAAAAGGAAGAUCUCCUUGCACUUAUUCUUGGUCCACACCAAUUUUAAAUGAUUUCUUUUGUUGUAGAUUUGACGGCUUAUUUCAUAGCUUCAAAAUGUUUUGCUGCUAAAACAGGAUUUCCAAGCAGGUGGUUAGAUGUUGCCACGUCUGGAUUUUCAAAAUGUCUACUUCCAUUUUGAUUUAGUUGAUACUAGUGACCGUUUUUUCUACUUUACAUAAUACCUUCGUCAUACUGAUAUGUAGAAAAGUUCAUUAUUAUCAUGCUAUUGGUCAGUUAAAUUAGUAUUUUUCUGAACAGGAAAUACCAAAAACGUGUCUUGUUGCUCAACACUGUAUGAACCAGUUCUGUGUGAAUCGCUGACGUUUUGAAAAUGCGACAGGCUCGUCCCACUUCCUGCUUGUGAACAGUUUUCUUAUUUAUACAAGAACUCAUUUUGUACAGUUUUGUUAGAGGAAAGAGGUUUUGAUAUUUGGUUAUUUGGCAAAGCCACUUGGCUUCUUUUGUCUUCCUGUGCCAGAGUUGCUAAAAUUGUCUGUAACUUGUGUUUUUUUAUUGAUUGAGAUAAGAUUUUUCUUCUUUCUUGGUUUUCUCUUUGAAUUUGAAUA